CCCUGGGCAGUGCCUCCCCGGAGCCUGUGACCCGCUGGGCUGCUCCGGUGUUACACACGCUGUGCUUCCCGUUCUGUAUUUCCAUGCACGAUUCAGGCAAGCUAGCGAUGGCUGUUGCUAGGCAAACAGCUAAGGAGCCGCUUGCUAUUUCUCCUCUCCUGGGGUGGUCCCGGCCACGGGGCCCCGUGCCCUGCGAAGACAGCACUGGCCCUGGGCCGUCAUCGGAUCCGCCAGGCACGGGCAGCCCUUGCCCAGUAACGCCUGCUUCCCACAGCACCCCUGGGAGCCCAGCGCUGCUGACAUCCGCGUUGGGCAGAGCAGGGACGGUCUUCGGGGGGUGAGGCGACCUGCCCAGGGUCACUCCAGGUGGACGACAGCACCAGGGUUCAGGCCCCGCAGGGGAGCCCAGAGCCCUGUGCCGGCUGCCUGGUCCCCAGCGCCUGGCCUGUCAAGUUGCUGAAGAGAAUGGCCUCGUCUGCCCUGUGGGCACCCUGUCCCUCCUCCUGUCCCGUUGUGGUUGACACUCAGGGCCUUACUCGCCCUGCACAAGGCCGCCACAGAAGCACAGGCAGGCAUGGGCAUCCCAGAUAGAAGCCGGCCGGCCCACGCCUCCCCUGGGGCUCAGCCUCGGCCUCCCAGGCCCAGGCGCCCACGACGCCUAUGCUGACCGCCGCCUGGACGCCGCCUCCGCCGCGAGCUAGCGCCGCCACCCGGGCCCGAUGCCGGUCAUGCCCAUCCCCCGGCGGGUGCGCUCCUUCCACGGCCCGCACACCACCUGCCUGCACGCCGCCUGCGGCCCCGCGCGCGCCUCCCGCCCGGCCCGCACCAAGUACAACAACUUCGACGUGUACGUCCGGGCGCGCUGGCUCUACGGCUUCAUCCGCUUCCUGCUCUACUUCAGCUGCAGCCUGUUCACGGCCGCGCUGUGGGGCGCGCUCGCCGCCCUCUUCUGCCUGCAGUACCUGGGCGUGCGCGCCCUGCUGCGCUUCCAGCUCAAGCUGUCGGCGCUGCUCCUGCUGCUGGGCCGCCGGCGCGUGGACUUCCGCCUCCUCAACGAGCUGCUGGUCUACGGCAUCCACGUGACCAUGCUGCUGGUCGGCGGCUUGGGCUGGUGCUUCAUGGUCUUCGUGGACAUGUGAGGGCGCCGCGGCUCCCCCGGGCGCGGGUCAGGACGACCCGGUGGUGCACGCGCCUGCGGCAGGUUCUUUUCUGCACGGGGUACGUCGGGGGCCCUUUCUGCCCCUUCCCAGAGGCACCGCCCGCCCCCAGUGCCUGGGUUUCUGGCUCAGGAAAGGGCUGAGACUUUUCUGCGAAGGGGACGCUGGCGCCGUCCCUCCUGCUGGUCUCGGCUGGGCCUCUUUCUGCGCGUGUCUUUGGUGCAGCGUCCCCCCGGGGCCACCCGCUUGUGGCUGCAGCCCUCACUUUCCAAGCUGUUCUGGGGGAGGGGUGGGGACCAUCGGUCCAGUCUGCACUGGGAGAGCCUGUGUCCUGUCCCCUCUCCAGGACACUGCCGUCACCAGUGGUGUGGGAGGCCCCUGGGAGGGGUGCGCUGCCCAGGUGCAAAUCUGGAGGGGGUUCUCCUGGCCCCACAGCCCCCUCCUGUGCACCCGCCGGCCCCUGCCCCAGCCUUAGGGAAGCGUCAGGCUCCACCAGCUGACGCACCUCACUGCCACCAAGCUCUUCACUCCCCCCUGGGCCACGGAGUCCUGGCUCAGCCCAUGGACUCUCCUGCAUCUGUUUCCUUGCGAGGCGAUGGGGUCCUGCGUCCCAGGCCGGGCUUCAGCGUCACCUCGGUGUGCUUGGCAGAUCCUAGGUCAGGGGCCAGCCUGGGGUCCAGGGCACACCUGUCUUCCUCCUGGGCAGGUCUGUUGGCAGUGUUGGCUGGGCGCUGUCCUGGGGAGGCAGCUCAGUUUUUUCUGGCUUUGUGGGGGCUUUCCGUCUCUUCCCUUGAGGGAGCAUCCGGGACUGAGACGAAUCUGCCGGAAACAGACAUCAGAGAUGGCCCAAGUGCUGCAUUUAACACCUCUUGGAGUCACAGGUGCACCAGGGCUGGACCUCCAAGUGAGGGGCUCGGGGCCCCUUUGUCCCUGCCUGGGCGGCUGUUAGAGCAGCUGGGAGUACAAAGCAAAACGCAUUGUGGGCCAGGAAAGAACCAGUGGUCUGGGGGGCUUUUGGUUGCAGAGAGAAGAACGUAUCAGAGGGCUAGUGUCUUGCCCAGACCCCUCACCCUGGCCUCCAUCAGGUGGGACAGGGUGGCCGCGGGCCUCACGGGCAGGUGAGAGGCGCUCUGAGUAACUCAGCUGGGACAGCGGCCAGAGGCGGGACAUAGGGCCCACAUUGAAGGCCACGGGGAGGCUGAUGCUGCUUCAUUCCACGUGUCCCCACACCCCCAGGCACGGACGGUGGCCCUGUCAACCCUGUGUGGCAGGCCGCCCCGUGGCCAGGUGGAGCUGUCGGGGCAGUUGUGUGCCACUCGAAGGAAAGCCCAAAUCAGGUAAAGAAAGGAAAAAAUACUUGGCUGUAAACCGUGCUCUUUAACUUGUAGCCAGCUUCUGUUGGACCAUCGUCCACUCUAGGUCAGUGAACGGCUCCUUGGAGGGGACUGGGAGUGAGUCUGUCCCAGUUACCCAGGCGGCAGGUGAGGAGCCGACCCACGUGGACCCCACCUCUCGGCGCUGCAGAGAAUCUUUUGCACUAAACCACGCUAUUUCCUAAAAGCUUUGUUUUGUGUUAGCUGACUCAUGUUACUCUGAGGCCCCCUUGGAGGUGGGCAGGUGCCCACGGGGCUGGGGGCGGCGGGGGGUCUUGGCGGUGCGGACACAAAGCUGCUCAGUGUCUUGAGUGCCUGUGAAAUUCUUUAUGAAAUGAGCCACCUGCAUUAAACUUAUUUUU